GCUGACUGCGUACCCGAAAAACCGUGUGACGGAUGCCUUGCAUGUGAAAACAACACCAAAAAAAGCGUUUUUUUUUGUGCAGGUGGAUGGGAUUUAGAAUACAUCCGUGUGAUUCACUUCAACGGGGGAAAAUUGGGAGGACCUGCAGGUGCAAAGUGGAGGGGAGGAACCGGGCCGGACGCACGUGAAUCUCUCACUUAUCCAAAGCCGGGGAACAGAACAGGAGGGGGACGCAAGUGCCGCAAAUUGGACUUUCCACCAUCAGCAACCCUCUCCUCCUCUCUCCUCUCUCUCGCCAUCCCUGCUUCUCCUCUAUAGGUCUCCCCAUAUUCACUCCCUCUCCCGGUGUCCUUCUGUGCUCCCAGAAUAGCCUCACACCGGAGCGCUCUGUGAUUCUUUUUUUCUUUUUUCUUUUUUCUAAGUGAGGAGGUAUUUUGAAUUUUCGGGGUUGACUCGGGAGACGCCGGAGAUGGAUUAAAAAAAGGGGGGUAGGGGGGGACCCGUGCAACCGCAAAGCUGGAGCAGCACGCACGACCACGCCGCGGGGGAAGGGGGCGACGGGACUCGGUGAAUUCGCGGAGCCCCCGGGACAGAGGCUGUGACUGGCCCCACCCCAAGAUGACGUCCCCCAAAAACAAGGCCAAGAAGAAACCGCCCAAAGACAGCAUGACGCUGCUGCCGUGCUUUUACUUUGUAGAGCUCCCCAUCGUCCUGUCCUCCUUGGUGUCCCUGUAUUUCCUGGAGCUGACAGAUGUGCUGUCCCCCGCGAUGGUGGGCUACCGUUGCUACGACCGUGACCUCUCCAUGCCCUACGUGGAGACGGGCGACGAGCUCAUCCCUCUGUUGAUGCUGCUGAGUUUGGCCUUCGCUGGACCCGCAGCGUCGAUUAUGAUGGGGGAGGGCCUGAUGUACUGUAUGCAAUCCAAACUGAAGACGUGUCCCAAGUCGGAGAGCAGCAUCAACGCUGGAGGCUGCAGCUUCAACUCCUUCCUACGCAGAACCGUGCGCUUCGUUGGUGUUCAUGUGUUCGGUCUCCUGGCAACAGCCCUGGUGACAGAUGUCAUCCAGUUAGCUACCGGUUACCACGCCCCUUUCUUCCUCACCGUCUGCCAGCCCAAUUACACGGCCCCGGGAGUGUCAUGUGACAACAACGCCUACGUCACGCGGGACAUCUGCAUGGGGAAAGACCAGUACGCCAUCAUGUCCGCCAGGAAAACAUUUCCAUCCCAGCAUGCAACGCUCUCUGGCUUCGCUGCUGUCUAUAUAUCCAUGUAUUUCAACGCCAGCAUCAACAGCACGACCAAGCUGCUGAAGCCUCUGCUGGUGUUCGCCUUCUGCAUGGCCGCAGGCCUCGCCGGCCUGACGCAGAUAACUCAGCACCGCAGUCACCCGAUAGAUGUCUACGUGGGAUACCUCAUAGGAGCCGGCAUCGGAGUCUACCUGGCGGUGUUCGCGGUGGGAAACUUCAAAGCAUCGGAAGAAGACACUCACUCCUUACAGAGACUGACCCCGGCUCAACAGAAGGACGGUCUGAGGGUGCUGACUCAGCGGAGUCAUGACUCCUUGUACAGGAAGACUCCCAGGGUGUCUGAGAGCAGAGAGGAGCUGGGGGCGGGGCUGGGGUCCGGGGCCCGCAGUAAGGUGAGGAGGGAGAAGGCAUCCUUGGCCUCUCUCAAACGAGCGAGCGCUGACGUGGAGCUCCUCGCAACCCGCGGUCCCAUGGGCAAGGAGACCAUGGUAACCUUCAGCAACACCUUGCCCCGCGUCGCGAAUGGCAACAGCCCCAUCUCCCCCUCGGACGAGCCGGCCACCACACAGCGUCACAUGACCUUCCACGUGCCCUUCGACCCCCAGAGGUCUCGGCAGCUGGUGUCAGAGUGGAAGCAGCGCUCGCUGGAGAUCCGCAGCCAGAGCUCACGAGACGAGGACGAGGGGAUGGAUGAGAGAGAUGGAGAUGAGGGGGGAGACGGAGGGGAUCAGGAGAUGCCUUCGUCUCUUUAUCCCACGGUGCAAGCCAACAAAGGCACCGCCACACCAACCGGAUCGCGGAUGGUGGUGGCACCCCCGCUUGUUCACAUACCCGAGGAGGCCACUCGGCCGCCGCCUGUCUCCCCCAAGAGUGCCAAGACCCGCGCCAAGUGGCUGUCACUCACCGAGGGAGGAGUAAAAGAACCGGGACCAGGACCCAUCGCGGUGUCCACUCCCCGCGUGCCCAACACACAGCCCAACCAGCCGCCCAGCCAGCAAAGAGUCACUCAGGUGAUAGCCAUGUCCAAGCAGCAGGGUCAUGGACACCUCACAUCAUCCACUAAGACAUCAGAAGGUGGCUCAUCGUCCGGCGGUGGGUCCAACUGCUCCGAGUCGCCCUACUACCGGAUCCCAUCUGAUCGAGACAGCUGCACUGGCAGCAACCCAGGGAGCAUCGCGGGAAGUGGGAGCAUCGUCACAAUCGACGCUCACGCCCCCCACCACCCAGUGGUGCGGGUGUCGGCCAGUAACGGCAAGCCGUGGGAGUGGAGAAACACCAUCAGUGGUAACAUGAUGGCGGCCGACACGUCAGGGGAUAAACACCGCAACGCGCUGCAGCGACAGGAAAAUGUCAGUCAUUACCGGGAUUACCGGACGCUCCCGAUGAAAACGGACUCACUCUGCUCCUCCUCAGCCAGCGGCAGUGCAGAAGGAGGAGCAGAGCUGCCUCCCCCACCUCUCCCCACUUCUUCUUCCCCUCUGCCUCCCCCUCCUCAGUUGUCCUCAUCCCCUCUCCCACCACCUCCCCCUCACUCGUCUUCUUCCCCUUUGCCUCCCCCUCCACACCCAAGCUCCUCUCCAAUUCCUCCUCCUCUUCCUCACCAUGCCUCAUCUCACAUGCCUCUCCCACCUCACCUGUCCUCUCAGAUGUCCCCACCACCCCUCCCGACGUCCUCCCAAAUGCCUCCACCUCCCCACCCAUCCUCCUCUCAAAUGCCUCCACCUCCCCACCCAUCCUCCUCUCAAAUGCCCCCACCUCCACACCCAUCCUUAGCUCAGAUGCCCCCACCUCCACACCCAUCCUUAACUCAAAUGCCCCCACCUCCACACCCAUCCUCUUCCCCUCUGCCACCGCCACCUCACCCCUCAUCCACCAUGCCGCUGCCUCCGCACCCAUCCUGCUCCAGCAUGCUUCCCCCUCCGCCCCAUCCUGACCUACUGAUGGACGGCCACAGCCAGGCACUGUCCCGCACCUCCACCCUGCCUCGUCGGCCCUCAGUCUCUGCUCGCAGCCAUGCUGAGCAGGAGCACUACUACAAGGCCAUGCAGAACGAGAGGAUGUUAUAGUUAAAGACAACAUUAAUCAUUGUCACAUCAAUGAUUGUACUUCAGAAGACUCACUGAGAGAGACAGUGAAACAAAGAGGGGUUGUGGCCGGUGAACAGAGAUUUUAUGAAAAAAUGACAGAAAGGUUCAGAGAAUCCAGAACAGCAGCUUCAGUCAAAAUGCUGGAGAGAGAGGUGUGUGAGGGUGGAGGACCAUCGGGAGAUCUGGCAGCUCACACACACUCAGCAGGGGACCUGGUUUUUCCCUGCUCAGACAUUCUGCCCACAGCGCCUGCUCAGCGGCUCUGACUGUGAAAAGAACAGACAAGCGCUGAAACGGGAGUCAAGAGAGAGCAGGGUGAAGAAUUAAAAACCCCAAGUUCAGCUCUCGUUUUGGCACGCACAUCCUCCGUGUCUUCUUUAUGACACUUUCAGAGACGGAAUGGAAGAGGCUGCAGCUGAAAGAGAUAUCACAAUGCACGGCCUGGGAUUUGCUAACUCAAGUUUCCCUUGAGAGGGCGGAUUAGACUGACAAAACAAAACAACUACAGGCAAUACUAGCUCUCCUGAAUCUGGCGCAGCUGUUUGAGGUUGCCAACCAUUACACACAGAGAAUUUGCUAUUGUAACCAGUUGAAAAACUCAAGCUUCAAAGCUUUGAAUACCGAAAAAGAAGGCAGCGAAGUUCAGCCACAGGUUCAGGAGUAUUAGCCGCAACCCACAAAAGCAUGAGAGUCAUUUUACCCCCUCUGAAUAAACAAACCAAACGGGGGUAUUUUAUAUUUGAUGCCAAGCAAAUCUGUCAGUAUCCACCAGAGAGAGCAGGCUUAGGAAGGGUUUCUCUGGAUCGGGUCUGAGAGGAGGAGGAAGAGGAGGGAGGGGUGGGCAUAAGGAGGAUCACGCACAGCCAAGCACCCCUAUACAGACGUCACUGAAUGGAUUACUGCUGUAAACAUGAGGGGUGGUGGAAUGGAAAGAGAAUUGUUUCUUAAGUGAAGAGGGUGGCCGCACAGCACAAGAGGCAGCCAGGAAGCCAGUCUGUCUUUGCUGUGUGCAAAAACCUGCCACAGAGCCUGAAGCAGCACUAAGGAGAUUAACGUUUGUUUAUCAAACCAUGCUGGUGCACUCUUCCUUCCAAAGUCCUUCACAUUUGGCCCCUCUGGUGAAUCAAAAUGGUGUUGUGCAUGUUAAUACAUAUUCUAGCUCGGCCGUCUCCAUCAACAUGCACACUGGCUCAAGCAGGUGCUGGUUGGGUGUUGCUUGCAGUCUCUGUUUAAGUCUGUAAGCAUUACACACGAUUUGGUACCACUUUCUAAGUAUGCAUACUUUAUCUUGUUAAUGAGUUGGUGCUUAAUUAUUGAGCAUUUAUUAGGUGUCCAUCUGACUUAUUUUUUAUGCUGGCUCUGUAGUCUGGUGGUACGGCAGUGGCUAAAUCUGUGUUGCUUGAUGGCAGCAGAACAACUGGCUUGCUAGCAUCUUUCUUUUGGCUUAUUAUGAAGACAUAACAUUACAAAGGAUUGUUGAUAACUUGAGCUAUAGCACAACACAAUUACUUACCUGUAAACUAGGUGUAUGAAUGUCACAACAUUUUAUAAUUGUUAAUCUUACAUAGCUCCUUGCUUCCAAAACAACAAGCUAAAAAAACGAGCUACCUAAAUCCAGAUCUGUACAACAGCAGGUGGUGGUGCUCAUAACACUUUUGUCCACAGGGGCCGCCAGAAUCACCAACAAAGAACAAUCCUUAUUGCUGCUUUAAAUAUGCCUGAUUAGAAAGUGAUACCAAGAUUUUUGUUCAUCUUUGAUCUUAAAUAUUUUACUAAAUUAUCAAGCAGAUGACAACAUAAACACCCAACCAUCACCACCGUGACAGGCUCUCCAAAAACAAUAGACAACACAAUCUCAGCUCAAGGUCCACUUGCUCACCAUAAACUCUAGAGCUUUCAACCUGUAUCACACAGCCGUCAUCAGCAGAUGCUGUUUGCUCAUGUCGCCAUGGAAGUGUUUGUGCUGAAACAAAUUACAGGCAAACUUCAUCUGCUAAUGAGGAUAUGGUAAUAUGGUCGCAAGGCUAGAACAAGCAAGUGAGUCUGCAAUGAGAUGAGCUUCGUUCACUACUGUUUCAAAGUCGAAGAAUGAGCCGACCACUGAAAGGUGUGCAUUUUAGUUUUUAAUAUUUUUAGAUGAAACAAUUAAUGAUAAUUCCUAGACUUAAUCAAAUUACAAAUUAAUAAUGAAAAUAACCAGUCAUUGCAGCCCUAAGAAAUAUCUUUUCAGUCGACAUCUACCAGUGGAGAGGAAGUGCGUGCUCUUCCUGCUCACCCCUGUUUCUUGUGUGUACUUAUACUCUGUUGUACAAAGUUUUUAUCUGGUACCGAUCAUUUCAUACAUCCAAGUUUUUUCUAUCAGAAGAUAUUCCAUCCAACAGCAAGUGCUUUAUUUUUAUUUUUAUCAUAUCACGUUAAAAGAUAAAGGCUCACCAACAGAUGGAAAAAAAAGGGGUUUUUUUACCCAUCCACCACCACAUCUGAAGGGUACAUGAACUGAUUUUUGUAGAGUUUGUGCUAGAAAGGGAGCGAGUUAAAUGGAACAAGUUGUAUUUCGUAGUGAAGCUCCUCAGACAAGGAGCUGGUAGAUAAUAUUGCUCGUCGGUUUGUACUGCAUGUGUGUACGAGCGUGUUUUUUUUUUUUUUUUUUAAACUUCUGUGCUUAAAGUGUGCGCUGUUCCCCUUUUUACAGACAGACGUGCAGCAUUUUUCUAGUGCUGGUGAUUAUCGUUCUACUUUCCCCCCAUUUUGACUGUAAAAAGAUACUUGAUAUUCCCUAAUAUUAUUAAUACUAUUGUUAUUCCACGGUCCUUUUUUAUGGGCUCAUGUUUUCUAUCUGUGGUGAUGUGUAACAUUAAUAACUUGGUUGAAUAAAAAAAAAAAUGGAAGACUUCUUAACCAAGGUUUCAUCCUGUGUUGCUCGACCGCGCCGUGGCAGGUGUAUGCUGCUCAAAGUAGCGAGGGGCUUUUACCGCCACUCUAAUGAAAAGGAUCUUCUUCUAUUGAUUCUUUUGGCUAAGAGUGCUUUCCCUGCUCAUCAGUACUGUACGCUCACACACUGACACUCGCACUGAUACACCCGGCCAGACGGAUACGGCACAUGCACAUUUGCGAUGCAACAUUUGCUCGUUUCCUGUGGGCAAGUGUCGGGUUCCCCAUAAUGAAUUCUGCUAGAAUGUUGGUCAGUCCCAGAUGACCCGCAGGGAUGCAGCAAGCGUUGGCUGUGUGUGCGUAUGUGUGUGUAUAUGUGUGUGUGUGUGUGUGUGUGUGUAAAUGUGAUUAUGUGUGGGCCUUGAGUGGCUGUUUUCUUGUAAAUAAAAAUGAGCCCCAUUUGUCUAUUCUGAUGUAGAUAGCGUAUUUUACAUCCAUUAUGCAGACAUUAACUGGGGUUUGUGCAUCAUAAAUAACUAUAAACGCAGCACACAUCCCGGUGUGGUGAGGUGUCGUGUCCGUUUAGAUGUGCAUCAUUUUUGUUCAUUUUUCUAUCUUUAUGCAUGUUUAAGCGUUUGUUCUGGGAUUUAUGCACGCGUGUUUUGUGUGUGUGUGUGUGUGUGUGUGUGUGUGUGUGUGUGUGUGUGUCCAGUUCUGUGGAGCACUGAGCUGUGUGAUGAGGCCGUACAGGCAGUAGGGGUGCAGAUGGUGUACUGAGGCCCGAGGACAGUCAGCCUGUCCAUGAGUCACACCCUGCAAAGCCAAUAGCUCUCUCUCUCUCUCUCUCUCCUUGGUG